AUGUCGAGGACUAGUAUUCCACACUUCGAUGAUUUGCCAAAAGUUCCAGGUCAGCCUCAAGGAAACUCGUGGGGUCUUUGGGGUCAGGAGGACCAACUUGGCACGCUGAACAAAAUCACUCCGGAAAGCCGAAAGAGGGCUGCCCAAGAGGUCAAAGCCGGAAUCAGUGUAUCUUUGGACCUUCCUUUGGACGCCUUCGAUUAUGUUAUCGCCAAUAGAAGGUUGUUCAAACAGACCGUUAUCGACUUCAAGAAAAUGAACAUGGGCGUCGGCCAUGAUGACGAGCUACAAUUUAACACACAAUCGUCAUCUCAAUGGGAUGGUCUCACGCACUGCGGUCUCCAGGAACAAGAAUUAUAUUACAAUGGAUUGAAACAUGAGGAUAUCAUGAAGAACCGUGAUGGCCGUAAUGGGAUACACAGAUGGGUUGAGGCAGGCGGCAUUGUCGGAAGAGGAGUGUUGAUUGAUUAUGUUCGAUGGCGACAGGAGACAGGACAAAGCCCGGUGCCUGCGGACUCUCCUUACUCAAUAACACUUUCAGAACUAACGGCGGUGGCAAACCAUCAAAAAGUCGAAUUCCAACCCGGAGAUAUUCUUCUCCUUCGUGGCGGAUUCACCCUGUGGUAUAAUGCCGCCUCUCCAGAAGAACGAAAGCGAAAGCUUGACAAGACCGCCUUUAUAGGGGUUGAGAGAAGCAUGGAGAUGGCACGCUUUUUAUGGAAUCAGCACUUUGCUGCCGUCGCAACUGAUUCGAUUGGGUUCGAGCAAUGUCCCGUUCCGUUUGGGCAAAAAGGAGCAGUUGUCCUUCAUGAAUGGAUUCUUGCUCACUGGGGGAUGCCCCUGGGCGAGCUUUGGAACCUAGAGGGCUUGAGCGAAUUGUGUAAGAAGCAGAAUCAGUGGUCUUUCUUGUUCACAAGCGCCCCGCUAUAUGUCCGAGGGGGGGUUGGAUCUCCGCCAAAUGCAAUUGCGCUGCUGUGA